UGAAUCAGCUGAUAAUUCCCACUUGCAAAAAUUUUUUUUUUUUUACAGUUCUUCUUUUAUUACUGCUGUUCCAGUAUUGUAGACUAGUCUUGCUUUUCCCAACCUGUUGAUAAUGUGGAUCAUAAUAUUUUAACAACCUUGCAUCGCAGAUUUAACUUCAGGGUGAUUCCACGUAAAAUAACCAAAUGUGAAAAAAAGUUCACAUCUGAUGUCCUCAGGGUCAGCUGUUUAUUCUUCCCAGUAACUUCAGCUCACAGUAGAAAACGGUACCAUCAUAUUAUGAAUAUUUUCCGAGUUGCAGCGCUUAAAGGACAUAGAGGUGCAAUAAAAUUUAGUGCUUUUAAAUUUUGCCAGCAUUUUUCAGCCCCUUUGACAUAAACUAUGACACAUGAUAUUGAUGCUAAAGUUUGGUCAUAGCAAAAACAAAACAAAAUCAUGAUUUUGCUUUUAGGUUGGGACCAUUGGUGUGGGUGUGUAAUUGAACUGGUUACAACUGCUGACAACAGAUUAAAUUUGCUUUUACAGGUUUGAAAAUUUCACCGGAAGAGCUCCUGUUCUUACGAAGUUAUGAUGGCUCAAAAAUGCUGGAAAUGCUGCAAAAUUUGGCACCCAUUUAGUAACCACCUUUUUUUUGUUUUGUUUUUAAGAUCUGCCACUUCAGACUCUUUUCCAUGUUAGUUUAAAUUGAUGAUGAUUGAGUGCCAAGAAAUAUUUUCACCAUGAAAAUAUUUUAUUUUCUAAUUUUGUACAAGUUAUUUUCUAUACACAUCAUAAGGUCUGUGAUCAGAUUUCUGCAAAAAGGAGAGACUACAUAAUAAAAUGUGUUUGCGUUCACAUAUUACAACACAGCAUUAAAUGAGAUGGAUACACAUGUGGCCUGUUUGUGAUAAAUAUUCAUUAGGAGACUGCCAUGGGUGUAUUAUAUUCUAAUCAAUCUCAGCAGUGAUGGGGAAAAAAGAUUUGAAAAGCUAAUAAUCAGCCACACGUGAUGCAGCUCUUCUUCUUUCUUUUUUUAACCUAUUUGAGUUGUUUAGGUUUUCAGUGUAAACAGAAAAAAAUUGGAUGCUAUGUUUUUGGUGGGUUUUUUGUUUUUUUUUUUAAAAAGGAAAGAAAAUUGGAUAUUUCUGUCGCUACCAAACACAGAUUUGUUCCGCUCAUGUGCAAAUAUGUACUAUUGCACUUAGUGCUCACUGAAGCCUGGAUUACACUCUGUUGUGGACACAUACAGCUGGUGACCCGACAGCCAAGUAGUGAUUGCCGUUUUAUACUUUUCAUGUUCACGGGUCCACUUGGGUCCCUGUGUUGUGAAUUUCGUCCACAGAGAAUUUAUAUUACAAUGCACCAAGCAAGCAUGUGCCCAGGCGGCGGAUUACAAAGAACUAUAACGGGAAUAACUUUUUGGCCGUUAGGUCUCCUGCUGUCUGUGUUCUGCAACAGAGUAUAUUUAAAUGGUUACUAUAGAUGGUGCAAAGGAUCAAUUUAGAUUAAAGUGUAGCAAGCACACACUUUAAUUGUGCAUUCUUUUUGUGACCAUCGUGUGGUCGUGAUACCUGUGUUUGCAAAAAGAUGUCUGGUCCCAUAAAAGUGUAGGAAGGUUGACUUUGUAAACAUUUGUCGAUGGGCUCAGUUACUCAUUGUAGUUUCUACUAAAUUCAGCAGUAAGUUGACUGUGGAAAUUAUCCACAUUAUGCUCACUGGCUAACAACCUGUCAAUCAGAAGUCCCCAGCCAAUGAGAGCGUGAUUUCAGUCAGUCAUGGCUUGUUUCAAAACACAGAAGAUGGCAACAGUGAAAAUGCUCACCUUGAGACUUUAGAACAGGACUUCAACAUGGUAGCUAUGUCCUUGUCCUUUUUACUUUCUAUCAUGUUACUCAAGAAAAUCUUUUGGAAGAGGGAGCUUUGGAUAUACCUGCCAAAAUAAUCCUCUGUCAUAUUGCGUGUGAUGAAUGUGAUACUGUGUAGAGCAAAAACUUUUCCCAAUUUGCGCCAAUGUUGCUUACGAAACAUUUCAAAGUCGAGUCAUUACUCAGUCAGGCCCUCAUGUUACUCAUCUACUCCGGAAUAAAGUCCACAUUUCUCCCUCUUCAAAACCCUUUUGUACCAUUCACAUCUUCAGGAGUAUUUCCUGACAUUCAGCUCGGUGCUGUUAUCUUUGAUGUCGGCCUGUCCUGUUGGCAUUGUCAGUAAAACUUGGCAGACGCAUGUGCUCUAAGUGGUGCCAAUUUAAAGUAGAUUAUUGUGCAGUGGUGGUGAUGAAAAGUAGCUCAGUGUUUACCCACCAGAGAUAAGGCCCUCCUUUUUCCUCUAGAGGGAAGUGACCAUAGUCACACAGAGGCAGAGUCACAUACACAACCAGGAGCCAGGUGAGACAGCUUUCCAUAUGAAAGUCAGCAUUUUUCAGAAUAGAGGAGUAACAGUUUAAUAUAGUAAUGGCUAAUUAGCCAAGUAAGCGGUCAUUACCCUCAGGCAUAAGGAUGACUUGCCAUUAGUGAGCUGACGGGGCAUCUUGUGACUUUUUUUUCCCCCUUUGCCCAACAGAAGAGGAAGGGAGUACCGGUGAAUGACAGUGACAAAGCAGUGGAGCCUGUGCUGUUUUUCCACAGUUCCUAGCUUUGACAGUUAUGAACUGGACAAGAAGACAGCUGUAAAUAAAGCCAAGAGAACUUGGGAGUACACCCUGAAGGAAAGUAAUUACCACAGCUCUCUUUGGUCCGUGGAAAUUCAGUCAGCCGUGGUUUUGUGGACUCUGUUCUUUAGACAGCUAACACACACGCACAGACACCACUGAAUGGACUGCAGCGGUAUGGACGCUGGUUUCUCUUCUUUGCGCUCGGAGGCAGCAGGAGCCAUGAGGACAGUGUUGGUGUCUGCUGAGAACUUACAGCUUACUCUGAAGCCUGAGCUCAGUCAGGAAGAACAGUCACUCACACACACCAACAGUAGCCCUAAGGACUCACACAAAGCCGGGAAUGAAGACCUUAAAGAGAUGUUGGAGAGCAACAAGGAGUCGCUCAAACUGGAGGCCAUGAAGAGAAUUGUCGGGCUCAUUGCCAAGGGCAAAAGUGCCUCUGAGUUGUUUCCUGCUGUGGUGAAGAAUGUUGCGAGUAAAAAUAUUGAGCUCAAGAAGCUUGUGUACGUGUACCUGGUGAGGUAUGCAGAGAAGCAGCAGGACUUGGCAUUGCUGUCGAUUAGCACAUUCCAGCGGGCCCUUAAGGACCCAAACCAGUUCAUCCGGGCUAGUGCUCUGAGGGUUUUGUCCAGUAUCCGUGUCCCCAUUAUUGUCCCCAUUAUGAUGCUGGCCAUCAAGGAGGCUGCAGCUGACCUGUCCCCAUAUGUGAGGAAGACUUCAGCACAUGCGAUCCAAAAGCUGUACAGCCUGGACCCAGAUCAGAAGGAGCAGCUGAUCGAAGUGAUCGAGAAACUAUUGAAAGACAAAAGCACGCUGGUGGCUGGGAGUGUGGUCAUGGCCUUUGAGGAGGUGUGCCCAGAUCGCAUCGAUCUGAUCCACAAGAACUACAGAAAACUGUGUAAUCUGCUGGUGGAUGUGGAGGAGUGGGGCCAGGUGGUCAUCAUCUCUAUGCUGACCCGCUAUGCCAGGACACAGUUCACCAGUCCCUGGACGGAGGGUGCUGAGUUUGAUGAGAAUAAAGCCUUCUAUGACUCUGACUCUGAGGAAAAAAAAGACCAGACAGAAGCAAAGCCUUACGUCAUGGAUCCAGAUCACAGGCUGCUGCUCAGGAACACCAAACCUCUACUGCAGAGCAGGAACACCGCUGUAGUAAUGGCUGUUGCUCAGCUUUACUGGCAUCUGGCUCCUAAACAUGAAGUCAGUAUUGUCACCAAGUCACUGGUUCGACUCCUGAGAAGCCACAGAGAAGUGCAGUACAUUGUGCUUCAGAACAUCGCCACGAUGUCUAUACAGAGAAAGGGGAUGUUCGAGCCCUUCAUUAAGAGUUUCUAUGUGAGAUCGACAGAUGCCACGCAUAUCAAAACACUAAAGUUGGAGAUCCUGACCAAUCUAGCUAAUGAAGCUAACAUCUCCACAAUUCUGAGAGAAUUCCAGACCUACGUGAAGAGUCAGGACAAGGCGUUCGCAGCAGCUACCAUCCAGGCCAUCGGCAGGUGCGCCACCAACAUCUCUGAGGUGACGGACACAUGCCUCAACGGUCUGGUGUUGCUGCUUUCUAAUAGAGACGAGACCGUGGUGGCCGAGAGCAUCGUGGUCAUCAAGAAGCUGCUUCAGACUCAACCCACUCAGCACGGUGACAUCAUCAAACACAUGGCCAAGCUCUUCGAUAACGUCACUGUUCCCAUGGCCCGAGCCAGCAUCCUGUGGCUGAUGGGAGAGUACUGCGAGAAGGUGCCAAAGAUUGCGCCCGAUGUACUGCGCAAGAUGGCAAAGACGUUCACAGCAGAGGAGGACAUCGUCAAGCUGCAGACUGUCAAUCUAGCUGCAAAGCUCUACCUGACCAACUCUAAGCAGACCAAGCUGCUGACCCAGUACAUCCUGAACCUCGGCAAAUACGACCAGAACUACGACAUCAGAGACCGAACACGAUUCAUACGGCAGCUGAUAGUGCCCAACGAGAAGAGCGGUGCGCUCAGCAAGUACGCUCGACGCAUCUUACUGGCCCCCAAACCGGCUCCAGGGCUCGAGUCUGCCUUCAAAGAUCGAGACCGUUACCAGCUGGGCACUCUCUCCCACAGUCUUAACCUUAAAGCCACUGGGUACCAGGAGCUCCCAGACUGGCCUGCUGUUGCUCCCGACCAGUCUGUGAGAAACGUGGAGAUUGUUGAACCACUGAGAGAGUCGGCACCAAUAGUUGGGAAGACCAAACAGCCUAAAUCUGACAAGUUCUACUCAGAUGAUGAAGAUGAGAAAGAGGAGGAAGGAUCCGACAGCAGCGGCAGUGGAAGUGAAGACAGCAGCAGCAGCAGCGAAGAAUCGGGCAGUGAGAGCGAGGAGGAAAGCAGUGAGGAUUCAGAGAAGACCUCCAGUGAUUCUGGAAAAAGCUCCAGUGGAUCUGAAAAGAGCUCCAGUGAGUCUGAAUCAGAUCAAAAGAAGAAGAAAAAGACCAAGAAAGCACCGCAGAAGAAAAGCAAGCCUGCUGGUGACAGUGACUCUGAAAAUGGCAAUGGACCUGUAGGCCAAGCUAGCAGCUCAUCCUCUGAAAGCUCCUCAGACUCUGAGUCGGACUCUGAGUCGGACUCUGAGUCAGACUCGCCCGCACCCAAGAAGAAGACUGAAGAAAAGGCCAAGCCCAAGGUGGCAGUGAACUCCAAGAAGGAAGUCUCUUUACUGGAUCUAGAUGACUUUUCUCCUGCACCCACCAACGCACCAAAGCCUUCUGUGCUCUCUCAAAGUCUGCUGUCCGACCUCGAAGGCCUUUCUCUCUCCAACAUCUCCUCCACUGUGCAGGUCACCACUUCAUCUUUUGGCCCUUUGAAAACCUAUGAGCUGCUUCACCAUAUGACAGGAAAAGGUCUGUCGGCCAAGUACCAUUUCCCCAGGCAGCCAUGUUUGUUCCAGCCCAGUAUGGUUGCAGUACAGGUCAUACUGACCAACAGCUCAGACCACGCCCUGGAGGAGAUCCAUAUAGGAGACCAGAGCCCUGCAAGCCUGAACAUCCACUGCUUUAACACCAUUGAGCGGUUGGAGCCAGGGGCCUCGGUGACGGUAUCCAUGGGUAUUGACUUCAGUGACUCGACACAAGCAGCCAACUUCCAGUUGUGCACCAAGGAGGACCAGUUCAGUGUGUCCAUCCAGCCUGCUGUAGGAGAGUUGUUAAUGGCCAGCACCAUGACAGAACAAGACUUCUGCAAGGAGCAAGGUAAGCUCCAGGGCAUGAAUGAAACAUCUGCAACCAUCACCAUGGCAACAGCUAAUGCAUCCAGGCAAGCCAUCAACAAGCAGGUCCUGUCUGUAGCCAACGUAGGAGAAGUGCCUUCCAGUCAAAACAACUUCAGCAGGUUUGCUGGGCAGACAGUCAGCAGCAGAGCUCUGGUCUUGGUGUCUCUAGAACUGAGCGAGUCCUCGGGAGCGCUGCUUACCAUCAACACAGAAAAGAGCGUCAUGGCCUCCAUGCUGCUCCAAGACCUCAAACAAGCCUUCGCCCAGGCGUAGAUCCUACCCUCUUUUCAUCUCGCUGUAAUAAAAAAUAAAUGGGGGCGACGCUUAAUUGAAGAUUUCACCAAAAUGCAGAAGAACCAUAGCGAGAAGUGUUCACAAAGAAUGAAGUGUAAACAACUGAAAAAUGCUAUUCAGUGUUUAUUUCUGUGGCCUAUGUGUUUGGAAACAGAAUAUCUUCAAACACGGGAAUAAUUGAAAUCUUAAAUCUUUAGAAGCCUCAUGGAAGUUAGAAUAAAUUAGAAUUAAACUGAACUUGCUGUCGUUGUGUUUAAGUAUUUCCAGACACAACUCCAUGGUAAAAAUAUCCGACUAACUGGCCAUUUUCCUCGGCACUAAUUACUUAAAUCUCAUGCUGUUUAUGGUUUGAUGAAGCAUGAUAAUAUACCAACAUCUGUACAUACAUUUGGGGGGAAGAACUGCAUCACCGCUCCACUCACAGUGCCAACAUGUCUGUGCCUCUGCUAUGUUUCAUUCGACUUCUUUGCUGCCAAUAACAGGAGAGAGGGGGGGAUGCUCUGUGGCAUUUUGACCCACAAACACAAUGUCAAAUCAUAAAACUGUAUGAAUACCGUGACACCAAACACUGAUUUAGUUUUACAUUCUAGCCUUGAAACGUUACCAAAUCACAUUUGUUACAGUGCCUGACAUUAUCAAGAAAACCAAACAUCAGACUCGGAUGUCCAAGAGUGUUUUUUUUAUCUGUACUGCUACAUCUCAACAAUAAAAAUGUGACUUUAUUAAAACUAA